GCGUGUGGUAUGGAAUUUCUGGUAAGUUUGAUAUGUUGACAUGUGUGUUUUUAAAUGCAUAUAUAGUCACUAUCAUAGAAAAGAAGCCGGAAUAUUGACUUCAAAGCACUAGCUCUGUAGGUACUCUUCACACUUUAAGGGAGGCGGUACCCAGAAGAUCAUCUCCAUUGCCUUCAUCCCUUUGAGCCCAAAUGGCCCUUUCUUUACAGAAGUUCUGUAUGGUUGUCAUUUCAGUUUUGGUUGUCUUCUUCCCCUCUCCACACUUUUCUCUGCCCCAUCGAUUACUAUCCAACAAAUGCCCUUCCCAUGAAUCUGAAGCUCUUCUUCGUUUCAAAGAGGGUUUGAAUGACUCUGAUGGGUUUCUCAGCUCAUGGGUAAAUGGAACAGACUGUUGCACCAUGUGGGAUGGCAUAUCCUGCAGCAAUGAUGCCAACCAUGUUGUCUCUGUUUCUGUAAUCUCUUUACAAGAUGUUCAAGGUGUGAUAGGUGAGAGCUUGUGCCAAAUUCGUUUCCUCAAAUCACUGACCAUAAACAAAGUAACAGGUACUACUACUGUUCCUCCAUGUUUGGGAAAUCUCCCUUAUAUUGACUCUUUAAAUUUAUCUUUUAAUAGCUUGAGUGGGAAGAUUCCCUCUUUUGUUUGUUUGCUCACCAGCCUUACACACCUCGAUCUUAGUUUCAAUAAGUUCAAUGGAAGCAUACCUUUCUGCUUGGAAAAUCUUUCUUCUUUAACAUGGCUUUCUCUUUCUAAUAACCAACUUAGUGGAAGCAUACCAGCUUCUCUGGCAAAUAUUUCUUCUCUUAAGUGGCUUGAACUUGACCAUAACCUCUUAAGUGGGAGUAUACCUGCUUCUCUUGGAAGUCUCUCUUUGUUGUGGGAUUUAUCCCUUGGAAACAAUCAACUGAGUGGUAAUAUUCCAGAUUCCUUGGGUAAUCUGUCUUUGCUCUCUGGGUUAAGUCUUUUGAAUAACCAGCUAACUGGGACCAUUCCCCCUUCAUUUGCUCAGCUUUCCUCCCUUAAUAGGUUCUAUGGUAGUGGCAACCAUUUCAAUGAGACCAUCUCUUCUUCGUCAUUUCCAGCUUCUUUAGAAUAUCUAUAUUUGUCACUAAACCAUCAGCAGGUGAUUUCAGAAACUUUCUUUCAGAACCUUACAAACUUAAAGUUUUUGUAUUUAUCAGAUUGCGUGCUAAAUAUUAGCAAAACCUGGAUUCCAUCUUUUCAGUUAACUGAAAUAAGCUUAGAGUCAUGUAAGAUUAAUCGAGAAAUUCCAGUUUGGAUUUGUACACAAUUCUCAGUUGCUACACUGGAAUUGGUUAACAACAGUCUUGUGGGAAAAAUUCCUUCUUGGCUAUGGGAAACCAGUUCUCAGUUACAACAUCUAAAUCUUUCAGGAAAUCAUCUAGAAGGAAGCCUAUUCUCAAAUGCUUCAAUGUUGAUGCAACUAGAAAGGCUGGACGUAUCUAGAAAUGCAUUGAGUGGGCACAUCCCAUCAAUUUGGUCUCCUAAAAUACAACAUUUGCUACUCAAUGACAAUUUGUUCAAUGGCAGUAUUCCUCCAAGCCUGGGUAAAUUAUCUCUGCUUGAGCAAUUAAAUCUUGCAAACAACUUCCUAACUGGAGUGAUCCCUCCAAGCUUGUCCGAAUGCUCUUUUCUCCAAAUCCUAAAUUUGGCAAAUAAUAAUUUAGAAGGAAGCUUACCACAUGAGUUCAGUAGGCUAAGUAAGUUAUAUUCAUUAAUUGUCCAUAGUAAUAACCUGAGAGGAUCAUUACCUCCCUCAAUAGCCAAUUGUUCAGAGUUACAGGUUCUUGAUGUUGGGAAUAACUCAUUUGGAGGUGAAAUACCAACAUUUGUUGGAAAUCUUCCAAAGUUGAGAGUCUUGGUGAUGAAAGACAACAAUUUUACAGGCAGUAUUCCUUCAAAGAUUGGUCAUCUAUUGAACCUCCAGAUCUUGCUCCUUUCUUCCAAUCAUAUAUCAGGUUCAAUUCCACACACAAUUACAUCAUUGCAAGCAAUGGCGAUAGAAAGCCAAGAUGGUUUUAUCUUGUCGACAUCCCAACUGUCUUAUGCGCUACUAUACCAAGAUGGACUGGAUAUGACUUUAAAAGGUACAAAUCAGCACUACCCAUACAUCCUUUCCACUUUCACAUCCAUAGAUCUGUCAAACAAUGAAUUAGAGGGAGAAGUUUCUUCUAAUUUUGGGAACUUGAAGGGAUUGAGGCUUCUAAACCUUUCAUUUAACAAUUUGAAUGGAAGCAUUCCAAAUAGUUUUGGAGAAAUGAGUCAGUUGGAGUCAUUAGACCUUUCCAGAAAUAAUUUUUCAGGACAAAUCCCUGCAGAGCUUGAAUCUCUAAGUUAUUUGGCCUCACUAAAUUUAUCAAACAACAAUCUUUCCGGAAGCAUACCACAGGGACAACAUAUGACUGACACAUUUGGAGAAUCAUCUUAUUCAGGGAAUGCAAAUUUAUGGGGAUGUCCCCUACCCAAAAACUGUUCUUGGCCACAAUUUGCCACUUCUCCCCCAUUUCCAAUUAACAAAGAAAAGAAAAGCAAUGAGUAUCCAUGGUUUCAGAUGGCAGUGGGAUUGUCAUUCGGAGCAGCCUUUGGAGGGAUAAUGGCAUUGAUCUUGAUAAGAAUUAGUUGGAGAAUGAAAUAUUUCAAUAAAGUUGAUACAAUCUUAAAAUUUUUGUUUCCAUGGAUGAAGAAUUUGACGUUAUGAAGGGAUACAUCUACAAUUCAGGGAAAUGUUAAGAGGAAACUGUUUCUGGUUAGGAUGCUUUCUUGCUCUGUCUGCCUUAAAAUGACAAUCUUAUCAGGCUUGGUAAGCGGUCUUUAAAGCAUUGUAAUCUUGGUUUGGGAAGGACCUACCCACUAAAAAAGCUCAUGUAUGGAAGGAAACCUCUGUAAUUGUUUUUAAAUUAGCCAUUUUGUCCAAAGCUUAUAAUAAUUCCAUUUUUGUAAGAAAUGUGAAAAGAAGAAUGUUUGUAGAACACUUAUGUACCAGUAGCUUUUCAAAUCAAAUUUUAGACAAACAUUAAAUUGUAAAUAGUAUGUAGCAUUCAAUGAAAUACAUGGGAAAUACUUGUCUCCUUUCAG